GAAGUGUUUGAGGAAGUGGCGCUGGGCUGGCUGCGUGGGGACCCCGAGUUUUCAUGUCCUCAGCGGGUGUCGCUAGCGGCCCCGCGGCCCCCGGGGCAGAGUUAGCAGGGCAUCGAUAUGAGCUGGUCACCUUCCCUCCCAACCCAGACAUGUGGGGCCUGGGAAAUGAAAGAACGCCUCGGGACCGGGGGAUUUGGAAACGUCAUCCGGUGGCACAAUCAGGUGACAGGUGAACAGAUUGCCAUCAAGCAAUGCCGACAGGAGCUCAGCCCCAAGAACCGAGAUCGCUGGUGCCUAGAGAUCCAGAUCAUGAGAAGGCUGAAUCAUCCCAACGUGGUGGCCGCCCGGGAUGUCCCAGAGGGGAUGCAGAACUUGGCACCCAAUGAUUUGCCUCUGCUGGCCAUGGAGUACUGCCAAGGAGGAGACCUCCGGAGAUACUUGAACCAGUUCGAAAACUGCUGUGGCCUCCGGGAAGGAGCCAUCCUCACCCUGCUGAGUGACAUAGCAUCGGCUCUUAGAUACCUUCAUGAAAACAGAAUCAUCCACCGGGACCUGAAGCCAGAGAACAUUGUCCUGCAGCAAGGAGAGAAAAGAUUAAUACACAAAAUUAUUGAUCUAGGAUAUGCCAAGGAGCUGGAUCAGGGCAGUCUGUGCACGUCAUUUGUGGGGACCCUGCAAUACCUGGCCCCAGAGCUUCUGGAGCAGCAGAAGUACACCGUGACUGUUGACUACUGGAGCUUCGGCACCCUGGCCUUCGAAUGCAUCACCGGCUUCCGGCCGUUUCUCCCUAACUGGCAGCCUGUGCAGUGGCACUCCAAAGUCCGGCAGAAGAGCGAAGUGGACAUUGUUGUUAGCGAGGACUUGAACGGAACCGUGAAGUUCUCAAGUUCGUUACCCUUCCCCAAUAAUCUCAACAGUGUCCUGGCUGAGCGUCUGGAGAAGUGGCUUCAGCUGAUGCUCACGUGGCAACCUCGGCAAAGGGGCGUGGACCCCCAGUACGGUCCCAAUGGCUGUUUCAGGGCCCUCGAUGACAUCUUGAACUUAAAGCUGGUUCAUAUCUUGAACAUGGUCACAGGCACCAUUCACACAUACCCUGUGAUGGAGGAUGAAAGUCUGCAGAGCUUAAAAACCAGAAUCCGGGAAGACACAGGGAUCCUGGAGACAGACCAGGAGCUGCUGCAGGAGGCAGGGCUGGUGCUGCUCCCUGACAAGCCUGCUACUCAGUGCAUCUCAGACAGCAAGGCAAGUGAGGGCCUCACACUGGACAUGGAUCUCGUCUUUCUCUUUGACAACAGUAAAAUGUCCUAUGAGACUCAGAUCACCCCCCGACCCCAACCUGAGAGCGUCAGCUGUGUCCUUCAGGAGCCCAAGCGGAACCUCUCCUUCUUCCAGAUGAGGAAAGUGUGGGGCCAAGUCUGGCACAGCAUCCAAACGCUGAAGGAAGACUGUAACCGGCUGCAGCAGGGACAGCGAGCUGCCAUGAUGAACCUCCUUCGGAAUAACAGCUGCCUCUCCAAGAUGAAGAACGCCAUGGCCUCCACGGCGCAGCAGCUCAAGGCCAAGUUGGACUUCUUCAAAACCAGCAUCCAGAUUGACCUGGAGAAGUACAGGGAACAGACAGAGUUUGGCAUCACAUCGGACAAACUGCUGCUGGCCUGGCGGGAAAUGGAGCAGGCCGUGGAGCAGUGUGGGCGGGAGAAUGACGUGAAGGUCCUGGUAGAACGGAUGAUGGCCCUGCAGACCGACAUUGUGGACCUACAGAGGAGCCCGAUGGGUCGGAAGCAGGGGGGCACCUUGGAUGACCUAGAGGAACAAGCAAGAGAACUCUACAGAAGACUCAGGGAGAAGCCAAGAGACCAAAGGACAGAAGGUGACAGCCAGGAUAUGGUACGGCUGCUGCUGCAAGCCAUCCAGAGCUUCGAGAAGAAAGUGCGAGUGAUUUACUCUCAGCUCAGUAAGACCGUGGUUUGUAAGCAGAAGGCCCUGGAGCUGCUGCCCAAAGUAGAAGAGGUGGUGAGGCUCAUGAACGAGGAUGAGAAGACUGUGGUCCGGCUUCAGGAGAAGCGGCAGAAGGAGCUCUGGAACCUCCUGAAGAUCGCCUGUAGCAAAGUCCGAGGUCCAGUGAGUGGAAGCCCAGAUAGCAUGAAUGUGUCUCGACUUAGUCACCCUGGCCAUCUAAUGUCCCAGCCUUCCAGUGCCUGUGACAGCUUACCUGAUUCAGACAAGAAAAGUGAAGAACUGGUGGCCGAAGCACACGCCCUCUGCUCCCGACUGGAAAGCGCGCUGCAGGACACGGUGAAGGAGCAGGACCGAAGCUUCACGACCCUAGACUGGAGCUGGUUACAGAUGGAGGAUGAAGAAAGGUGCGGCCUGGAGCAGGCCUGUGACUGAGGUGCCCGUGAACUGGCCCGCGGCUCUGCCUGUGAGGAUGCUCUGGUACCUCCAGGGGGACGUCCCGCUCUCCUGGCAGCUGCGAUCCUUGCCCACAGCAGCCUGUGCUGGCCCAGUCUACACACUGGAUGUCCUCCACCACAGAAGCACAACAAUGUCAGUUACAAGCCCGUGCGGCAGCAAGGCCGCAGUGCUGCUACACAAAGAGCACACGACAGACGUCUACCUUGAGUGUUUCCAGACAGCAGCCAGCCUGUCCCCUUUGGACUGCUGGGGGAAGGGAGCCCUGCCCUCCUCGCCUUUCAGCUGGGUGUCAUCCGGAUCCAGCUUCCUUAGACAUUUAAUCAGAAGCCUGAUGAUCCUACGUCUUUCUUCCUCUUCACUUCCCCCCGGUAAAUGUUUCUACCUUCUGUGCCGGUUGUUGUGGCUAACGGCCUUUGACUAAGUUGUAAUGACGGUGAUACCAAGCUCCCUGAUGUCCCGGCUCCUUUAAACCACAGAGCGACUUACACAGCCAGGCAGAACAGAAAUGCAGCUACAUAUCCUGAGUCCCAAAGAUUACCUGGAGUCAACUGUCAUGGAGAGAAAUGGAAGAUGAAGGUCCUACGCCAGCCCCUCCCCUGCUGAGCACUGUGUGACUCUGCCACCUGUCGGGUGUGUGAGGACGUUGCUGCCUCUCACGAAAGCUAGCAGCGUUAUUAAACUGGUUCGUUUUAUAAAUAGUUUCUAUUUUUUGUAACAUUACUCAGAUAUGUAUCCUGGGCUCAAGGGUGUAUUUCCACAGUAUACUACCACUAGUACUUCUGAGCUCAGAGUUCAACAUGAUGGGAAAUUUCAUAAGAUCGAACAGCGUAUCUAGAUCAUGUCAUUUUUACAUCACACAAAACUUGUGUGUUUGCGUGCAGAUGUGUGUAUGAAAGCGAAGCAGGCUCAGGUUGUCAUAAACAGGUUUAUUUGAUUAGAGAAUAAAGUUGGAACAGAGAAAUGUCAGAGCGGCCACCGCAGAGACAGUAUGAAGCGUCACUGGUCACGUGAGCUCAGAGGUGCUGCAUGCCUUCUUUCCCAGAGAUUGAUGCUGUGCACUGGGAACCUGUUUGAAAACUCCGACAAUAAAGAUGCUGGCUUGAGCUCAGCGUAAAUUCA